AUGAAUGAAUUAAUUCGAGAAGCAACUGAUUUUUAUAUGAAUGUUAAUCCACAACUAACUCACGAUGUAGAAUAUAAAAAGAUUGGUAUUGUACUUAUUACAAAAUAUGCUUAUUUAGCAUGUGAAGAUACAAUUAAUCCGCAUGAUUUAAUUACAUCUCGAUUAUCAGCACGUAUUCGAAAGGUUCAUCGAAAGAUGCAUACUCGUGAAUAA